AAAUGACUGAACGCACAGCAACAAACAGCGGAAUGGCGGGGUUUAUAUCGUCAAUCACAGACGCCAACAGUGACCUAGGUUAGCCAGGGGAACCUGUGCCUCUCUCAGCUGCUUGGUGUCCCUCCCCCCUUUUGCUGUGCCAAGAGACUACCCUCCCAUAGAGGAAAUGGGAGAUCAUCAUCAGGUCAAGACUUCCUUCCUUUUCAUCCAACUGCAGUCACCCUCCAGGGUCUGUCAGCACCAGCCUCCUGCUGGCUCUCUUCACUCAGUCACUUUAGAGGAAGGAUCUUCUACCUUAGCAGUUACAGACAGAACACAGAUUCCACCCAGGGACCCAGACAGCCUCUGCAAGGAGGCAAACAGGGAGCACGAAGGUGGAACUGUCCAGAAGGACACCUUAGAGGACAUCUUGGAGGACACCUCAUCAUCAGAUGAUUUACUGACUGUGGAGAAUACUACUGACAGUGUACCAGAUGAAGUGUCCUCAUCAGGAACGGAUACAGGGGUAGACAUCAGGACAGCUAACCAGGAAACCAUUCUAAAAGGAGAAAUUCCACCGUCAAGCUGUCCCUGUCCAACCAGGUAUGUGUCUCUAACUGCAGUAGACCACCAUUCUAAGGAGUGCUUGGACCCCGACCUUGAUAAAUCAUUGCUUGAGACAGAAAACUCUAGGGAAGGCUUAGAAUUCCCCGUUUGGAUCUUGCGUCAGGACACUGCAGAGACCAUGAGCAAGGCAAUUCCAUCUCCUCCUGCAGGGAGCUCUUCUCCACCUAAUUAUCCCAAAACGUCUUCAGCGCCAAGAGUGAGCUUCCUCUAUCCAUCAGCAGCAUCUGACUCUAAGAAUAAGACUCCAGGGUUCAAGCCUAAAUUGAGCCCGAAGCCCAGUGUGGUUCCUCCAGCCUCUGCACCGCCUUCCAGAGCACAUCGCUUGUCAACCACCAGCUGGGUGCACAGUGCCAAGCAGAAAGAGGAGGCUGGUGCGCUAAGUAGAGCACAGACUCCAGCAAGCAAGAGCCCAGAAAGGACAAGCUUUGUGUCAGCCGUCAUCGAGAGGACCUCGAAGCUCUAUGGAGAUGUCUACAAACCCAUAGUCGGCCAGAGUUCUUCCACUGUGACACCUGCCAGUGAGGCAUGUGCUAAAAGUGAACCUCAGCCAGAGGUGGAUGGUGGAGCUCCAGCAGUGACUGCACUGAGUGAAAAUACAGUAACUACAGCCUCUCAACAUACUGAAAACAGAGAAGUGCCAUCAGCCAUGAUGAACCCUGAGGCACCAGAGAAGGCUGAGACGUUUGUUUGGGUCAACAGCUCCUCUUCCCAUGCCCAGAGUGUUGCCAAGGCCAAGUACGAGUUUCUCUUCGGAAAGACAGACGACUCAAGUUCAUCAGACAGUGGUAACUCCCAGCCCCAGCCAGAAGAAAACAGUGCAAACGAUCCGUCCAUCCAGGAUGAUGACAUUGAUGAGACCUCAUUGUUUCUAGAGAUUGACCGGGAACUGGCCAACCUGCUAAGUGACCUCACAGCUCAAAAUCACAAUGCUGCAUCGACUGGCCAGGAGCCGGAGCAGCAGGCCAGUACGUCAGGAGACACCGCCUCGGCCAUGAUCCCUUGCAACGGCCACAGCGGGGCUUUCCCUUCCUCCCCAGGCAUGGCCAAUCAGGGCUCAGAGCUGCAAAAUGGCUGCCCUGAUGCCAGCCAAUCAGAGAGGCCAGCAGAGUCGCUCUUGACGUGCAGCGCGUUGUUUGAUUCGUGGUGCGAGGCGCUGAUUCAGGACCCCAGCUCAGCGGCUGCAGCCACAGAGGAGCUGAGCUGUCUGAGCGCUGGGCUCAGGAAUGCUCCCUCUAGCCAAAACAAACCCGCUGCUGCCCUCAGCACAUCUGCAGACAAAUCCACAUCUGCAGAGGAAUCCACAGUACCCUCCCCUCAGCCUGGAACUGAGACAGAACGGAAAGGGGAAGAGAUCCAAGAGGCUGGCCUUGGUGGGCAUUCCUCAACAGCAGGGCUGUUGGAUGCAUCUCUAGAGGAGUCCAGCAAGAUCCUGGCAGAGAUUCCAGGCAUCUUCACAGCAUUCCUAGAUGGGGGCAGGCUGCGGCCCCAGAAGAAACUGAGGUUCGUGGAGAGCCGGACAGAGGAGGAGGCAGUAGUGAAUGGAGAGCCAAGCUGUAGUAUGAAGGAGCAGCUGACUCAGGAUGUGGAUGGGCCUGCACACAACGGCACAUUUAAGGUCGCCGUGCCACAGGUGUGUGUGCUGAGCCCAGACAGCGAUUCGACUGAAAAUAGCUCAAAAAGGAGUGUAGAGGGAAAGGCCAGUGAGAGUUCAGAGGCUACGGAUGUCUUCAGCUGGCAGUUCGAGAGCAUUCUAGAGUCAGAGCGACUGCGCGGGACACACUACAGCAGCCUGGACUCUUUGGAUGCACUCUCAUCUUCAGCAGAGGAGACGGAUACUCAGCUGGAGCCUACACGGCCCCAGCUGGACACAGAGCCGGCCUUGACUCUGGACAUGCCUCUCACACCCAUGAUCCAGCAGCGGCUAAAAGAAAGCGGAUUGUUUCUGGAGCCAGGAGCUGAGAUGGGCUGUAGACAGGAGGUACUCAGCGUCACCGCCACUGGAAAGAGCGGAAAAGCGGCCCUGGAGGUCACCUCAUCCUUUCUGGACACAGGUAGUGAGGCAGUGGGCUUCACCAUAGGACAAGGUGAAGAAGCACUGGCCAAUGGCGUGAUGGACAGGGACACAAAAGAUUGGCUACAGGGCUGCCUGAGCAGCGAUGAGGGGUUGAAAGACGUGCUGUCGGACUGGGACUCGGACAUGGGCAGCACAGAGCCGCUGAAAGAGAACGCUGACACGCUCAACAACGGCCAUCGCGGUGACCAGGAGGCUGCACGACGCCUGGCCCGGCGCCUCUACCACCUGGAGGGCUUCCGCCGCUCUGACGUGGCCAAGCACCUGGGCAAGAACAAUGACUUUAGCAAGAUGGUCGCCGAAGAGUACCUCACUUUUUUUGAAUUCACAGGGAUGACCUUGGACCAGUCGCUCAGAUCCUUUCUCAAAGCUUUUGCACUAAUGGGUGAAACCCAGGAAAGAGAGAGGGUUUUAAUCCACUUUUCUAAUAGGUACUAUAAAUGUAACCCCACCAUCAUCGCCUCACAAGACGGAGUGCAUUGCCUUACAUGUGCUUUGAUGCUGCUGAACACUGACCUUCAUGGCCAGAAUAUUGGGAAGAAGAUGACGUGCCAGGAAUUCAUCAAUAACCUGGACGGGCUGAAUGCAGAACAAGAUUUCCCCAGAGAGCUACUCAAGGCGUUGUACAACUCUAUCAAGAACGAGAAGCUGGAAUGGGCAAUUGAUGGAGAUGAGUUGAAGAAAUCACUGUCUGAACUUGCAGACAAGGCGGACAAUGCCCACACGAAGAGCAUCAGCAGGAUCAGUAGUGGCAGCAACCCUUUCCUGGACAUCGCCCAUGACCCCAAUGCUGCUGUGUACAAAACAGGAUUUCUGGCCCGCAAAAUCCACGCUGAUAUGGAUGGAAAGAAAACACCAAGAGGAAAGAGGGGCUGGAAGACUUUUUAUGCUGUUCUGAAAGGCAUGAUCCUCUAUUUACAAAAGGAUGAGUACAAACCUGAGAAGGCCCUGUCAGAGGAGGAUCUGAAGAAUGCCAUCAGUGUGCACCACGCCCUGGCCAUCAAAGCCGUAGACUAUGAGAAGAAGCCCAAUGUGCUGAAGCUCAAGACGGCUGACUGGAGAGUCUUCCUCUUCCAAGCCCAGAGCCCCGAGGAGAUGGAGUCAUGGAUCAGAAUAAUCAACUCAGUGGCGGCCAUGUUCUCGGCACCCUCCUUCCCUGCUGCCAUCGGCUCACAGAAGAAAUUCAGCCGCCCGCUGCUUCCAGCCACCACCACCAGGAUGUCUCAGGAAGAGCAGCUGAAGUCACAUGAGGCCAAGCUGAAGCACAUCUCGACAGAGUUAGCUGAGCACAGGUCCUACCCUCCAGAUAAGAAGGUCAAAGCCAAGGAGGUUGACGAGUACCGCCUGAAAGAGCACUACCUGGAAUUCGAGGAGAAUCGUUAUGAGACAUAUGUGAAGCUGUUGAAGGAGGGGGUGAAGGAGCUCCUGAGUGGUAAAGAUAAUGAUGCAGCGCUGAAGAAAUCCCAGUCCAGCCCCUCCCUCAAUCAGGAGUCUCAGCCGGCCGCGGCUAAAGUCAAGCGCAACACAUCCGAGAGGAAGGACUACCGGCCCGAGACCCCCAAGGUCACAUAGGCAGUCAGUCUAUACCUGUCAAAGAGCCAUUAUACACAACAUGUGAAUAUAUUUUAAUGUAAUUUAUUUAUCUGCCACUGUUAUAACAGAAAACUGUUGUGUAAGAUGUAAUUGACUUGAUAAUUGUCCUCCUUAGACUGACUGGUGCUUGCGUAGCUGUUUGUACGGGACAUUACUUACAUACAUGUGGUCCUUUUAUUGUUUUUUUCUUAUUUCAUGUCAUUGUUGUUGAUGUUGCAGUCGUCAUUAUCGUGAUGAGCGUGAGAUUUAAUUGUGAGGCAUUCAACUGUCAUUUGAUUCGUUCUCUCUGUGUUCCUUCCGUCCCAAAACUUGAUUUGCCUUUCACUCAAGAGGGGGACAACUUCCUCGUCUACAAAUUAGUGGAGAUUUCCACAUCAGUUUCUUUGUUCAUACAGUAGGCAGUAGACGUGGUCUUGCUUUGAAGGUAAUUUCAGUAUGUAAAUGAAGUGAAUGUCGAAAACACACCACAAAUUAGACGAGUAAGGCUGCCGGAUAGAACUGACAGGAGUUCUUUUUUCCCUUUUUCUCCUAGAACGGAGAGCGGCAUUCUUAACGGACCUUCCGCCUCUCCAAGAUCUUUAUUUUUUCAUUGCAGCGAUGCGUUAGGAUGUAAAUACAGGACAGCCAUGCAUCAGUCCAUUAUAAAGGAGUCUCAGUGCAGUUAGUAGUUUCCUUAAUUAUCGAUUUCCUAUAGCAAACCAGAUACCCAAAUUAUUAUAUACUCACAUACAUUUAUUAUAUUGUACCAGCAUGUUACAGCUGUUUAAAAUAUGCCAGAUACAUUAUUUUGUAAUGAUAAAGAAAAAAUAGGGGUACCUAACAAGGAUCGUUCGAAGCUGCAUUGAGUUAUAUUUACAAAACAUGGCUUUUCAGACUGCGGAAUGAUGUUAACGUUAACAUCAUUGUUUGUGCAGGCGAGCCAUUUAUUUUUUUAACUGUUAAAGUACAAAGUAUACUUCUGCUUUUUUGAGUAGUGUAAAUGCCAAUGCUCCUUUUGUGUAUUUUAUAAUCUUCUUAUAUAUUUGGAUUUCUAAUUCUCAGUUCAGAACAUUAUUGUUGUAAAGAUUAAAUUAGUAUUUAUAGUGCACUUUAUGACUUAGUUCUUUUGAGUAUUUAGAGCUUUAUAAAAGGUAGUGAUAUGUUUCUUACCUACAUCACAGGUUUUUCAGGCAGUACUUAAUCGUGUUUCUCUUAUUGAAGGUACUGAGCUGAAUGAACGUCUUUUUCGUUUGUUUUUUUGUUUGUUUUUGUUUAGUUUUUUUUUCUCGUCAGCUCGAACCGCAACGUGUUAGUUUGUCGUGGUUCUGUAGUUUUGCUGUCAUAGUUAGGUUGUUCAAAGACAAAGUUUCCUGUAAGGAAGCUAUUUUCAGUGCUGUAUAACAUGGAAUUAUUGCCUUUCGUGAAGUUAUUAUUGACUUUAAGAUGUCACUUUGGCUUUUUCAUUAGCGAUAGAACUGAUAUGAACACUAUGGACAUUUUUACAUUUGCUAACUUCACACCAACAGAUGUUUUCCAUACCAGACGUGACUUUUUUUGUCAUUUUUGAAGGUUUCAACUGCAAAAUUUUCAUUUUAAAAAGGUGAAGAGUAGCCAAGCUAUUUGAAGGUAUUUUGAGUUAUGUAAAAGAAAAUAGGCUAGUUUACACAAUCCCUCCAGUUUAAAAUGUUGUUUACUUGAAAUGUAUGUAUUGAGGACACUUUAUUUUUAUUAUAAUUUAGUUUUUUUAUUGUUUCAUUACCACACACAUAUAUGGAAUUUGAAGAAUACAAGUAAUGUAUGGAAAAGAAAAACCCCAUAUCCACAUCACAUUUCUAACAAGCUCACUCGAUACAGUUUUGCAUAUCUUCUGUCCUUUUCUGCUGGCUUCGCUGUGUAAUUGCUACGCGAACAGCUUUGUUAUUAGCGUGCUCUCCACUUGUACCACUAUUUUGAGUAUAUUAACAGUGAAGCACUUGUUUUUUCGUGGGUCACUUUUGCAGUGGAUAUAGGUUUAUGUCUAGCGACUUGCAUUCAGAGCCGCUUCCCUCCGCCUGGAAGGCCGUAUGAAGAGUCUUUACGUAACUGUUGUUUAUUUCCAACUACGUAUGCUGACCAAACGGUUUCCCUUGAUGAUAUUGGUUAUUUUUACUCUGGCAGCAUCCCUUUAUCAGGGGAUACGUUGCUCAAGAAUUUUUGAAUCGUUCUUAGUAAUUAUUUUUGAUAGAAUAUGAAAGCUUUACAGGACGGCACAAAUUGUUAUGGAAACUGAGAAGUACGUUGUUACAUUGUGGGUCAAAUUAAGUUAAAAUAAGACAUUAAUGUGUGUUUUGUUUGCUUUAAAUUGUUUUAUUUAAUGUAGAACAUUUUAACUGGAACAUAGGCAUUGUGUUUGUUUUCUCAGAGGACAAAAAAAUGAAGGGUGGAAUAUCAGUCCACCCCCCACCCACCUGGAGUAUAGCUGUGUGAUAUUACAUUUAUUCCAACUGAAAUAUGGUGAAAUGUUGGAUCUAAGCUUGUGUAGGCUUUGUUGCCUCAUUACAAAGAUGAGGUGGUAACAGCUUCAUCAGUUUGCUGUAUCAAAUUAUUUAACUUACGUUGGUGUCAUAGACGAAACUAGGUCAGGCAGGAGUUUAGAGGGGUUCAAGAAUCAAGACCAAAGCAGCGUUCGUUCAAUUCAACACCGUAACUGAAAUUAUUACAUAAUGCUGUUCUAAUGUACAUGCUACAUUCUCCAAUUCAUGCUUAUAGGCACUGCAAAAUUACAGGUUUUAAGGUGCCCCCUCCCCUUUAACUGGACUGUUAAUAACAUUUUAAAAAGAAAAUUGGAUGUUUUAAAAAGACUGAGUUUCGUUUUUGUUGUUGUCUUUUUAAUCUUGACCGGUCUCUUGAAGUACUUAAUGUUCGGCUGAGCAUUAACUACCCCAGUCUGAAACAAAGCCAUCAGAAUUCUGUCUUAAGUCUGAUCUUCAGCAUUACUACCCCGCAUUUUCCUGUCAUCCUUGUUAGGAUAGAAUCAGUCAUGCACCUCUUAUUGUCAGUAACUGAAAGGAGAGCAGCUGACUUUGUAGAUACUCACGCCUCAGUAGACAGUGAUGCACCUUAGCCUUCAGCUAGGCUGUUUGGUCUCCAAACAAUGCAUAGAAAUAUCUCUCGAAGCUGUGAUCUUGUACAAUCCUUUAACUCUGUAAAUGUUGUUAAAUAUAACUGUUGCCCUGUGUGCAGAGGAUUCCAUUUUCUUGCUCGUUCAAGUGAUCUCUUGGCAAAAGAGCGUGUCUUACGCCCUCCGGCCAAGAUCAGGGACACAGUGCUGGUGUCAUACAAACUGUAGACGGUUUCAGUGAAUAAAACACAGUAUUUAAUUCAU